CACAAACAACUGAUAUGCCAACAACAGUCGCUCCAACAGAUAUGCCAACAACAGCAGCAACUGCUGCUCCAACUGCUGCUCCGACUACUGCUCCGACUAUGGCAGCUACAACUGCACCAGAUGCAACUGCAGCACCUACAGCUGCGGCAACAAUGCCAGCUGGACCAACUCCAGGGGGUGAUGGUACAACGAGUAGUAAUGGUGGUCAACAGACUCCAGCUACCGAUACCCUAACCGCCGAAGAAAGGAUAGAGCUUGAAAAAAACCUUGGUGUUUUUGAGUAUGAGCACAGAGAGUAUGAAGGAUAUGACGGAUGGUACAACAACAUGGCCCAUCCUGACUGGGGCGGUGCAGAACUUCCUUUGACACGAAGACUUCCCGUGGCGUAUGCCGAUGGCGUGUACCGGAUGGCAGGACAGGACAGACCUAACCCUAUGAAAAUCAGCGAUGCAACUAUGAAGGGCCAAACGGGCAGACCAUCAUAUCUCAACCGUACGGCGUUCAUGACAUUCUUCGGACAACAAGUUGUUGAAGAGAUCUUGGAUGCUCAAGGAGCUGGUUGUCCCCCAGAAUAUGAGAAUAUUGAAAUCCCCGAAGGUCACGAGUACAAGACAAUGACUGAAAACAACCCACACGGUCCUGUGGACUUCAUUCCGUUCUUGAGAACCCGAUACAGCUUCAACACUGGAUUUUCACCCAACGUUCCUCGUGAACAGUUGAACGAAAUCACCCCCUGGAUCGACGGUGGACUUGUGUAUGGCACAACCAAGGCUUGGGCUGAUGCGCUGAGAUCGUUCGAGGGCGGUCGCCUUGCCGACAACUCUGGAAAUGUAGCCGGCGAGGGGGGCUUUCCGGAGCAGAACACGUUAGGUCUGCCAAUGGCCAACGUGCCACCCCCAGCCGAGGCUAUAAAUCACAAGCUCAGAGAUGCAAAACGAUUCUUCAAACUUGGAAACCCACGUGGCAAUGAGAACCCCUUCCUGUUGACUUUUGGCAUUCUGUGGUUCCGCUGGCACAACUACUGGGCCGACAAAAUCUACAACCAGACAAUGGACCACCGGGACGAGUGGAACGAUGAACGCAUCUUUAAUGAAGCUCGCAAGUGGGUCAUCGCCACUUACCAGAAAAUGGUGUUCUAUGACUGGCUACCUGCAUUCUUGAAUUUGACACCUGAAGAAAUAUCAGCUAACGUCUACACAGGCUACAAGAGCUACGUCCACCCAGGUAUAACCCAUGAGUUCCAGUCUGCCGCGAUGCGCUUCGGUCACACCCUGGUACCUCCUGGUGUCUAUCGCAGAGACUCAAAGUGCAAUUUUCUGAAUACUUCGAUGGAAUCUAGCAAUAUUCCUGACAACCUGUUCAGAAGUGUACAUGGAGUACGAACGUGCAACUCCUUCUGGAACCCACAGUUGCCGAUCCGUGAGUACGACAUUGAGAACUUUUUGAUGGGAAUGGCUUCCCAGAUAACAGAACGUGAGGAUCACAUUGUCACCAUUGAUCUGCAGCGUCGUGUUUUCGGUCCCUUGGACUUUUCGCGUCGUGACCUGAUGGCACAGAACAUCCAGCGAGGUCGGGACCACGGAUUACCAGACUACAACACGGCGCGUGUGUCCCUAGGUUUACCGGCAGUCAAGAACUUCACCGACAUUAAUAAGCUUCAACACGCCAACGAUGAGUCCGGCAUCCCUGACGAAAUUUUUCAAAAUUUGAAAGAUGUGUACAAGGGCGAUUUGAGUAAGAUUGACAUUUGGCCAGGCGGUCUGCUGGAAACCACAGCCAAUGGGCCAGGCCCGCUCUUCCGGAAAAUCAUCCUGGACCAGUUUGUGCGAACUCGUGACGGGGACCGUUUCUGGUUUGAGAGUGAACAAAACGGACUGUUCACCAAGGCACAGAUUGAGUACAUCAAAAACAACAUCACGAUUUACGACGUCCUGAUCCUGGCUACUAAGAUCAAGGAGGGUGAAAUCCAAAAGGACCCGUACCAUUACUACGAAAGUGACCCAUGUUGGGAUAUGCAUCCGAAUGAGAAUCGCUCCCUCAACGAGAAUGACAUGGAAGAAUGUACCCAGCUGUAUACCUUCGAUUAUUUCGAAGGAAGUGAGAUCUCUUAUGCACUCUCCUACCUUGCUAUUGGCUUGUUCUGUCUCGGCGUUAUCGGCAUGUUGUUCAUUUGCGCCAAACGCCGUGCCCGUGCCAUCGAGGAAGUCCGUAAGGCAACACGUACCAAAACCCGCAAAGGCAAAGGACCUGAAACUCUCCUGAAAUUCACAGCUGCUGAAUGGUGUGGCUACAAGUCUGGUACCCGACCAGUCCAGGUGGCUCUCGGACCAGGCAAGGCCAUCAAGGUCAUGAACGAGCGGGGCAACAAGCUCUACCGUACCAUCGACCUGACUCACCACCAGAAGAUCACGUUGUGCGUGGGGCCGGACGGCAAGCAACGAUUCCUGCUCCUGCACAUGGAGCGCGAGUACGACCUUGUGCUGAAAUUUGACGGCAGCGAGAGCCGGGGAGAGUUCAUCAGCGAGGUGGAGAGUUUCCUGGGAAGCGGGGAAAUCGGGGUUGGCCAGGAGCGGCGCGAGAUCCGCGAGAAGGAACUGCUUAAGAUGGCUAUCACCAAGGAGCAUAGACAGAAGACUCUGGAGCGGUUCUUCCGUGUGGCGUUUGCCCAGGCCUUCGAUGAGUCGGUUGAGGCUGCUGAUCUAUCCGAACUGGAGCAUACGGACGCCCACGACGUCUUGAACAACGAGCUGACCAAGACGGAGUUUGCCGAGAUGCUGUCCAUGGCGCCGGACUCGCUCUUCGUGGAGCAGAUGUUUGAGCUUGUGGACAAGGACCAGAGCGGCUCGCUCUCCUUCCGCGAAUUCCUGGAUGUCAUCGUCAUCUUUGCCAAGGGCAAGCCGGAAGACAAGCUGGCGCUGAUGUUCAACAUGUACGACAUCGACCGCUCCGGGCAUCUUUCCCGUGAAGAGUUCAAGAUUAUGUUGAAAUCUAUGAUGGAGACUGUGAGUGCUUCCUUGGAGCAGCAGCAACUGGAAGACGUCAUCUCCUCCAUGUUCAAGGCGGUGGGCUUUGAGAACAAAGAGGAGUUGUCUCUGGAGGAUUUCAUCAUCCUGAUGGGUGACCACAAGGAGGAUCUGAGCCAGGCUGCUCUGCAACUGCAAGGAGCUGAUUUGCCUGAGGCAGCCCAGCCUGCCGCUGUCGACCGCGGUGCCACCGUCAUCCGACGAGAGAACGCGCCAUCCCGUGCCCGCAAAACCAUCGUCAAGGCAUACGCUGACAAAGACAGCGUGCGACCCAAGACAGCCAGGAGCCGCUACCAGUCCCAGGUCGUCAAGGUUGAGACCAAGAAGCAGACCUACACGGAGAACAAGACCCAGCAAAAACUGAACCGCUUCCUGCGCUACAUCGAGAACAACCGCCUACAGAUCUUCUACCUUGCUCUGUACAAUCUGGUGUUGGCUGGGAUCUUCAUCGAACGCGCCUACUAUUACUCCGUCGAGCGUGAGCACGCUGGCCUUCGUCGCAUUGCCGGCUAUGGUGUGACCGUCACCCGCGGUGCCGCUAGCGCCAUGAUGUUCACCUACUCCACCCUGCUGGUGACCAUGUGCCGUAACACCAUCACGUUCCUGCGCGGCACGUUCCUCCAUCGCUACGUACCCUUCGACUCGGCCCUGUUCUUCCACAAGUUUGUCGCCAUCAUGGCUCUGCUCUACUCCAUUCUGCACACCAUUGGCCAUGCUAUCAACUUCUACCACAUCUCGACCCAGACCGCCAACGACCUGUCCUGCCUGUUCCGUGACUUCUUCCACAGAUCCAAUGAACUUCCCAAGUUCCACUUCUGGGCCUACCGCACCAUCACUGGAUUCACCGGUGUCCUGCUGGUCAUGGUUUGCGCCAUCAUGUACACCUUCGCCUUCCAGUACGCCCGCCGCAAGGUCUUCAACCUUUUCUGGCUGACCCACAACAUGUACGCCUUCUACUUCUUCCUGAUGAUCAUGCACGGCAGCGGCAACCUGGUCCAGCCGCCCUUCUUCUACUACUUCUUCCUGGGCCCCGUCAUCCUCUUCACCCUGGACAAGAUGGUCAGCAUCAGCCGCAAGAAGGCCGAGAUCACCGUGGUCAAGGCUGAGCUGCUGCCUUCCAACGUGACCAUGCUGGAAUUCAAACGCCCCACCACCUUCGAGUACAAGUCCGGCCAGUGGGUGCGCAUCGCCUGCAAGACCCUGAACAGUAGUGAGUACCAUCCCUUCACCCUGUCCUCCGCGCCCCAUGAGGAGAACCUCUCCCUGCACAUCCGUGCCGUCGGACCCUGGACCAUGAACCUGCGCCACACCUUUGACCCCAACGUGGUCCGCGAGCACCCGUACCCGAAGCUGUUCUUGGAUGGUCCCUACGGCGAAGGGCACCAGGACUGGUACCAGUUUGAAGUCUCUGUCUUGGUUGGCGGCGGUAUCGGCGUGACUCCCUUCGCUUCCAUCCUGAAGGAUCUCGUCGCCCGCUCAGCCCAGGGUCAGAAAUUCACCUGCAAGAAGGUGUACUUCAUCUGGGUGACUCGUACCCAGAAGCAGUUUGAGUGGCUGACUGACAUCAUCCGUGACGUUGAGGACAAGGAUGUCAAUGACCUCGUCAGCGUCCACAUUUUCAUCACUCAGUUCUUCCAGAAGUUUGAUCUGCGUACCACCAUGCUGUACAUCUGCGAGCGUCACUUCCAGAAGAUCUCGGAGCGUUCCCUGUUCACCGGCCUGCGCUCCAUCACUCACUUUGGCCGCCCGCAGUUUGAGACCUUCCUGCAGUCUCUACAGGACGAGCAUCCCUCGGUGAACAAGAUUGGCGUGUUCAGCUGCGGCCCGCCCGGCAUGACCAACAACGUGGAGAAAGCCUGCACCGAACUGAACAAGUACGACGGUGCCGCCUUCAUCCACCACUUCGAGAACUUCUAAACUCCGCCCCUGAUUAGGGAUCGAGCAAUAGUGCAUACAAGCCUGUGAUUUGCACAAAAUAAUUAUCCAGUAUCUGUUGAUGCAUUCGCUUUUAUGGAAUUGACUAGAUUAAUGUUAUUGUCAAGGUAUUUAGAGUGCUUAUUAAGUAUUUUAACUGUGAAAGUGGAGAAUGCUCUUGGUGUUUUUUUCCAGCUAAUGAAAUGCAUUACGGAAAUGUCUAAUUUAAGUACUAAAUUCCACAAAAUUGUGCGUACUUUAGUUUUUGUGAGUCCUUUUUUAUAAUGUAUCGGCAUAAAUAGCUCUUAAACUUUAAAGACAGUACUUUUCCUAUACUGCUAACUAAUUUGAGUGGUAAUUAGAGGAGUUAUAACUACUCAGUUUUAUAUAUAUUUUUGUAAAGGUAAGAAUAGGAAGGAGAACAGUUGUGGUUGAAUUUAAUGGUGCAUUUUUGCAUAUACUAUAUAUCAUGCUUUAUAGCUCAGCAUUAGUUUUUACCGAUUGCGAUGUGAUCCUGUGAAUAGUGACAUAUUUUGACUACAAUUAUCUCGUGUGAAGCAUGAAGUGAGGAUGCGAAAUCUUUGAGCAAGUUGUGCAGUGUCUACUUGUGGGGAUAACUGGCCGUGCACUGGUGACGUUUGAAUCUGCUGUUCUUAAUGAGACAACAUCCUCAUCUUUCAAAUGAGAAUAUUUACACGAGUGAUGACUUGGGUUUUUUUGUAUGCAACAGUACAACAUUCUUUCUGCUUUCGUAGUUUUCAUAUAUUUGUGCAUUUACCUGAUUUACAAAGUGUCGAUUUUGUCGGAAAGAUUCUGACAAAAGUAAAACUUCAAAAUUGAUGUACACCGUAUUGGUGUCCUAACACUGAUUUACACAGGGAUGUUUUGAUAGAUUCCCUGUAUACUUUGAAGUGCUUUAAUAAAACAAUUUUGGUUAGGCCAAAAAAAAA